CGGGUGUGGUUACCGUGGUGACGGUGCGGCCUGGGCCCGAGGCGCCGGCAGUCCGUGAAUUGCUGCGGCUCCCUCCGGGUGGGUAUGCGGCCGGGGUCGAGUCCGAAGCAGCGCAAAUGGGGAACUUAUUCGGCCGGAAGAAGCGGUCCCGAGUGACCGACCAGGAUCGCGCCGUCCUGCAACUAAAGCAGCAACGUGAUAAGUUGAAGCAGUUCCAGAAGAAGAUUGCUAUUCAACUUGAAAAGGAGCGUGAACUAGCUCGACAGCUGCUUCGUGGUGGCAAAAAAGAGAAAGCCAAAUUUUUGCUCAAGAAGAAACGAUAUCAGGAGCAACUUCUUGAUAAAACUGAAGUUCAGAUUAGCAACCUUGAGAAAAUGGUUCAGGAUAUUGAAUUUGCUCAAAUAGAAAUGAAAGUUAUUGAAGGACUAAAAAUUGGAAAUGAUUGUCUUCAAAAAAUGCAUGAGAUCAUGUCUAUUGAAGAAGUAGAAAGAAUAAUGGAUGAGACCCAGGAAGCUGUUGAAUACCAGCGGCAAAUUGAUGAAAUUUUAUCUGGGGGUAUAUCUCAAGAAGAUGAGGAGGCCAUUCUGGCUGAACUAGAUGUUAUAACUCAGGAAGAAAUUGAAUUACCAGAAGUUCCUACAGAGCCGCUACCGACCAUAUCUGCAAGGGAGAAAGGAAAAGAACCAGUUAAAAACACAGCAAAACAAGAGAUGGUGGCAGCAUCAUAACUGAAAUUCGGACUUUCAGUGACAUUGUCGUAUAUAAUUUCUCUUCAGUAUGUUUUAUAGGGUUGAUCAUGAUUCACCACCCGUUUUGAGGGUUGAGAAAUUCAGACUCUACAGGCAUAUCAGGAGAACCUUUACUCUUUCAUGACAUUAUUUACUUUUUUAAAAUGAAAAUUCCAUCUUGACUUUUUUUUAAUGUAGUUUUUACUUUUAAAAAGUCCAAAAACUGAGCCGUGCUGCAGAAUCCUAAAGCCAGUGUUUCCUUAAUAUUCCUAUAUGAGACGUAUUCUCAAUCAAGCUAACGUACACAUUUCAGGAUCUGUUUAGUCCUAAAAUUUGAAAUAGUUUCCAGAUAAGUCUGCACUGACCCAGUAAUAUAAUAGUGGAUAAAUAUGACAAGAUGCAUUUAUAUCUGUAAACUUUCAACUUUUCUUAUACUAUUUAAGUAAGAUUCUAGGCAGUACAGCAUUGAAGGGAAUGCAAUCACUAAGGGAAUGAAUAGCCAGGUGUGUAAAAAGUCCCCAUAGAUAUAGAACAUUUGGCACUGUGAUGGGAUACUCAUUGUAAAUGUAUUCUGUUCUUUUAACAAAUUCUCUGACAUGAAACAUUAAAAAAUUUGAACUGUAUUUAAAAAGGCUUAUACCGAAGAUUUUUAAUUUAUAGGGCUAAAAGCAGUAUUAUAAAAUCUUUAUUAUAUUUGUAACGUCCACAUAAAUAAGAGCCUCAAAUGAACUCUGUAACACUGUGCGAUGGAAUUCUGCGGGCAGUGCUUUGGGCUAAGCAUCAUUGCUAAAUUUGUAAAUGGAUAGAGUUGAGCAUCAUUGCUAAAUUUGUAAAUGGAUAGAAUUGAAAUAAUGGUUACAAAAUGGAAUGUAAUAAGUUGAUCAAGGUUUCACCUGGUUCCAUUAUAGUUAUCCAAAUUAUUUUAAAAAAAAGUUUGGAACUACUUUGUAAUGCCACUGGGUACUUGUAAAAUCUCUUGCUGUGUGAUGCUGAAUUUGAAAUGGAAGGUUUGGGCUUUGUAAGUAAAGAUUGAAAAUGAUUUUUGAGCUGCUAAUCAAACUUUCAUUGUUCUGUUUUAUAAUCAUGUUACAAAUAUGUUAUUUAAUUGCAGCUUGAUUUCCUUAGACACCAAACAGAAUAGUUUUGUACCACAAGGUUAAAUUACAUGUUUCUUGUCUUGUACUUGUAUCCUUUGGUCACCUUAUACUAGGUUCUGUUUGCAUGUAGUGAAGAUCUGUUCAACAUGGAACUAUUCUGUUAAAGCCACCUCCAGAACAUUAUGAAAACUCAGUCACCCUGAGUGGAUACACAUUUUUGUCGUAAAUCCUACUGUGCACAACCAUAGUUAUUGAGAAAUGUUUUAUUAUAAAAAAAGUUUUUUUUUACGUAUUGCAAGGUGGUGAGAGAAGAAUGGUGGUUGGUCCUUACACUAACAACCUUGUACAAGUGAAAGGCCAGGCGAUAUGAUUGAGAUUCUUAAUCAUGCCUGUGCCAUGAGGGUGGUGCUGAAUAGAGGCCAAGCAUUUCGCCACAGGGAAGAAAACGUGAGGGCAAAUCACCCAACUGUUGUUGAAAGCAGUUCAAGACCAGCAUUGGCAAAGUGUUUGGGUGUACUGUGUGUGUGUAUGCGUGUGUGUGUGUGUGUGAGUGUGUCUGGUGCAUGCAGGGAGUAAGAACCUUUUUUUCUGACAAACUCGAAUGACAAGUCACAGAAGUGUAAGAAAUUACUUGUAUAUUUAUUUUUAAUCAGUUGUAGUAGGUACUCUUUUUAAAAGGGGUAAGCUUGCUUUCAUACCUAAAAUAAAACUUGUUUUCAUCAUUAAAAUUUGAAGAUUACAGCUUGAUUGAAAUUCUUACUUAUAGCACAUAACCUGAUAAACUUUUGUGCAUGUAUCAAACACUGUACUUGGAUACAUGAAUGUAAGAUUUGUGCCCAGAAGUAUUUUGCCAAACAAAAUCAAAAUUUCUGUCAAGGAUGAUUUAAUGGUUGUGGCAAUUGCCUUAUAAUCUUGGUGUUAUGACCUUUUUGGUACUGUGCUUUAAAACUUACAAAUUCACAGCUUUUUUGACCUCUGUAAAAACAAAAAAAUUUCUACAAAUUGUAUUUGUUAUUACAAAGUAGAAUAAAAAUAACCAUAAUUUGAAUUUUGAUGUUUUCUCAAUAAAUAGAAGUGGGAAUGCAA